GUGUGUGUGUGUGUGUGUGUGUGUGUGUGUGUGUGUGUGUGUGUGUGUGUGUGGACACGGAUCCAGUUUCUCCCUGUAACAGAUCACCUUGACUCCCACAGAUUCAGUUUCUGCUCCCGUGUGACUUACACAUUAAUACAUGCAGCAUCACAGAGAACCAGCAGUUUUUUUUUUAUUUAGUCUGGUUCUGGUUCUGCUUUGGAUUUCUUUUCUUCUCUCCUGACUGCAGGGUAAACCCAUGGUGAUCGCCGGGGGCUCCCAGUGCUCGCUCCCCCGGCGUCGCGUUACCUCCCUCGGGGCACGAUGGGCUCGUGAGCGAUGCCUUCUCCGUGGAAACGGGUGACGUUCUCCGCAGCCUCGGUGCUGUGCACGGGCUCGGUGGUCCUCCUGGUGGUGGCCCUGUCCACGGAGAGGUGGGUCACCGGGCGGAUCCUGUGUCAGACAGGGGUGGACAUCGUGAAUGCGUCCCACCCGGAGUUGGACCAGUUCGUGGGGGACAUUUACUACGGCUUGUUCCAGGGAGGGAAGACCAAGAAGUGCGGCCUGGGCAGCAGGCGCUCCAAAAUCUACAUUUUUCCAAACCUGGUGCAAACACUGAACGGUGGCCUCCACAUGAUGGUUAUUCUCUUCCUUUUGGUAGCCAUCGGUUUUGCUCUGGUCAGUCUAUCCUUCUCUAUUUACAACGCCCGAAAGGUUCCCUACCAGAGCAUCAAGGGGCACAAAGGUCUCUAUCUGUGGAACCUCAUUGCUGGUAUAUCUUUCUUUGGCGCCCUUGGAGUUCUGUGUUUCCUGUCAGCCAUGAGACAUCACGGCCUGACAGAGAGGGUGGCGAACUAUAAAGAGAACCUGUUCUCUCUGGUCAUCCUGGAUGACAGCCUGGACUGGUCCUUUUGGCUCGGAGUCGGCAGUGUCGGGACUCACAUUGCCGUCUGCGGAGUGGUUGCCAUGAGUCGCGUUAAGCUGCCCAAACCGGAGAUCAAGAAGCCCGAGGAACCCACCGUCUCUGCCGUGGACCUGCUCUACUGAGGGACACACAGGAGAGCGAGCGUCGCUGGUGGUGUUUUCUGUGGCAGAUGGACGAUCAGCAGGCUGAGACCCACUCAGUGCCAUAGCCCCUUAAAGUGCCUGUGACAUGCCUCCAUUACAAAAAGUCAAAGAAAACAUCUUUAAAUGUAAGAAA